UUAAACUGCCUGUAGAAUAUUUACUUCCCUUCGAAGAAGCACAGGUUGUGCCCCAGAGUCCUGUGCUCCAGGUUCCCACUGCCUCAGACAUGGCUCAUCUGGUCCUGCCCGUCGUCCUUAUCCUCAGUUUCUCCAUGCUCUCCUGCAGCCAUCCAUCUCGCACAAAGAAAGCUGUUUCGCCUCGCCAGACUGGAGCUGCAGAGGACGAGGAUGUGAAAUCCCAGAUUGAGAAGUUGUGGCAGGAGGUGAAUUUACUCAAAGAGGUGCAGGCACUGCAGACAGUUUGUCUCCGAGGCAUCAAAACACAUGGGAAGUGUUAUCUUCUCAAAGAGGAGCCCAAACAUUACCAUGAGGCAAACGAAGAUUGCAUUGCUCAGGGAGGAACUCUUGCAACACCACGAGACAUGAUGGAGAACAACGAGGUGAGGGACUAUGCAAAGAGAGGUGCCCCAGGAACCAGGGACUUCUGGAUAGGAGUGGCAGACAUAGUGAAGGAAGGCCAGUAUGUUGAUGUCAACAGUCUGCCAAUCAGCUUCUUCAACUGGGAUCGCUCUAAGAAGCAGCCGACAGGAACAAAAAGGGAGAGCUGUGUAGCUCUUUCUGUGGCUGCUAAAGGAAAGUGGUAUGAUGAGGUGUGCCGCAGCAUGAAGAAGUACAUCUGUGAAUAUAUUAUUCCCUGAAGGAGACAGGGGACUUGCUGGUAAUUUCAUCAUAGCUUCUGGGGUCAAAUAGGAAAGAAAAGAAAAGAAGAGUUGAUGACAAAUAUUGAAUGACUACUGCUAAGGUUUACUAAACAGUUAAUCAUCACUGAAAAACUGUUGCUUUUUUUGUAAUAAAAUAUAUCUCACACUUUUGUGAAUUGGAAUUAAAGGGGAGAUAAUGACUGGAUAUAAUAAAGAAUUAUUAAUUCUGCAGAGGGUUAACUAAAACUAUCAUGUUCUUUUUUUGUGGGAUGUUUUUAUAUUGAUAUCCUUCAUGAACGUUAAAUUUCGGCAAAUAGUCUCACUCAGUAUUUGGAGAGAGGGAUUUUUCAUCUUUUUUGCUUCUCCUUGCUAGAUCCCUUGUAUCCUACACACUCAUUAUAUUAUUAUUAUUUGCCAAAGUGUAAAUAUAGCUUCCAGGACAUGUUAUAUUUCUUGUGCUGAUUCAUUAAAUUAAUCCCAAUGGUCGUA